AUGUCUGGGGUAAAGCAAGCAGCGAUAGCAGCAGCCAGCGCUGCUGCAGGCGCAGGUGCAGCGUUUCUGUACACGUCAACAGUUCAACCACGUCAGCCCCGGCCGAUUAAGCCUGAACCGACGCUUGAGAUCAUUCCUCCCGAAUCACCAGGCAUCACUCCGAUACCCGAUAUACGAACCAAAAGUCUUCCCGUCCAAGCUCCCCCUCCCGGCCUUAUGAUAACAUCCUCUAUCUCUCCCAAGGUGAAACCAGAAGACAUUCGGAAUUACGGCCACCCCGGCCCAGUGGCAGACGAGUUGAAAGCCCUUUCUCUGUACGGGGCAUAUGACCGGCGCACACGAAAUCCACUAUGGGUCGCAGAACAUAUAACACGAGAAUCUGUGGCUCAAAUCAAUGCAACGCGAAAGAAUAAGUUUCGGGAAGAUCUAAGUAUCCCCAAGAUAUUCCGCGCAAAAGUGAGCGACUACGUCAAGUGCGGGUAUGACCGUGGCCAUCAGGUCCCUGCUCAAGAUGCGAUAUGGUCGCAAAAGGCUAUCGACGACACCUUCAAGAUGUCCAACAUGUGCCCACAGGUGGGCAAGGGGUUUAACAGUGGGUACUGGCGGCUCUUCGAGGACUUUUGCCGUAAUUUGACCUCAACGUAUCCCUCGGUACGGAUCGUGACCGGUCCUUUAUACUUGCCACGUCAAGGUGACGAUGGCAAAUGGCGUGUUAGCUAUGAAGUUAUUGGAUCGAAAGAGGUUCCCGGCGCAGAGGAAAUUAGCGAGCGGGAGGAUCACAAUUUUGCGCCGAAUGUUGCAGUCCCUACGCAUUUCUUCAAGAUUAUUUAUGGUGAGAAAGAACCCAUUGACGAAGACGGGAAUGAGUGUUCCACCGGUGAAGUUGCACUUGGGGCGUUUGUCCUGCCAAAUGCUGUGAUAGAAAACAAUAAGAAGCUGGCAGACUUUGAGGUCGAUGUCGCCCACAUCGAGCGUGCCAGUGGUCUGGAGUUUGUGAAGAAAUUGGAUCCUAAGCGUCAGACACGGCUCUGUGAAGAGGUUGAGUGCGGUUUCCUGGUGAAGCAAAUGAACGACAAAAUGAAAUCCAAGCUUUGA